AUGUCUUCCUACAACCUCGACAACAACAUGUCCACCAACAACGUCGACAGCAUCAUGUCCGACAACAACACCGACAGCAUCAUGACCAACGAGCAGAGCCUCAACAACACCGUCAACCCCUUCGCUCCACCACAAGCCUCCUCCUCCAUCACCACCGCCCCUCCUGGCCCCCAGCGCCGCAAGAUCAACAAAGACUUCACCAAAGACACCAAGACCAAGACCGCCAAGUGCAAGAUCUGCGGCGACCGCAUCAAGACCUUCUCGCACCAGUGUGGCACCUGCAAGCUCCGCAUCUGCUCUGACUGCAGCGAGGCCGACGGCGCCAACACAGACGCUCACAAGGCUGUCGCGCGUGACUACCUCGACGAGGGCUGCUGGUGUGGCUUUGCGAGCAAGUUCAAUCCGGCUUUCAAGGAUCGUAUGCCUGGUGUCAAGAUGAGAGAUGAGAGUACUGGCAAGACCAAGGCGGGUUCGAGUGCGGCUGCCUCUGGCUCUACUACUGGCAAGAGAAAGAGAACCAAGUCGAAGAAGGCGGUUGAAGCUGAGGCUGAAGCUUCUCCUGAGCUUGAUGCUACCGCUGCUGGCGCCGAGUCCGAGAGUCCAGACAAUCCUUUCAAGAUCCGUACGCCAACUGCUGCGAUGAGUACCGAGUACUUCUACGUUCAGCCUUCCAACAACAGCACGCUCCCAGAAUCCAGAUCUACGAACGAUGCCGAUGUCGAGUCUUCCAGCCCAGUUCAAGAAGCUCAAGAGCCACCACGAAAGCGUCGCAAGUCCAACGACUCGACUCCCAAGACCCCAGCAGACGACGUUCAAGAUCCAUUCCUCACGCAGCAAAACGCUGGCAACUCCUCCUCAAGCCUCUCGUCAGCACCAUCUGUCCUGAACGAUCCAGCUUCUGAGGCCAUUGAAGCCGAUCAGUCUCCGCAGUUGCAACGCAGCACCAGAUCCUCCAACUCGAGCGAAAACAUCGUCCUCGCUGGUCCACCUCCACCACAACAAGCUGAAGUCCAGACCUCAAGACCACGCAGAAGCACCAGAGCUCUUCGUGCGCAGCCCACUCCAUCGACUCGCAAGACCAAGCAGCCAGCUCCUCCCGCACCCAAAGCGAUCCCGCCUCCCGUCCUCGAAGACCACAUCGUCAUCAUCGGCGCAGGCGCUAUCGGCAUGUUCACAGCCCUCCAACUCGCCCAGAAGUCCGCCAGCAAAGGCAAGAAGCAGAAGAUCACAGUCGUCGACAUCAACAGCGAGCCUUUCGCCCUGGCCUCCGGCCACAGCGCAGGUUUCCUCACCACACACGGCAUGAAAGAGUCCUGCGACAAGCUCAUGGCAGCCGCCAUCAACGAGUGGAACGAGCUCACCCAGUCGGCCGACUUCCGCAAGGCUGUCAAGCUCUCCUCCGCCGUCUUCUCCCCCACCGACGACGAGAGCCUCGCCCCCUCAACUGCGCUGCCCUGGUUCCGCGCCGAAGAAGGCCGCUUCACCGCCGAAGACACCAACACCCUCGGCCUGCUUUCCCCCGCCUCUCUCUCCGCCUGGCUGUACCGAUCAUGCCAACGGCUCGGUGUGUUGUUCCGUUUCGACCACCAGCCCACGGAGAUCAAGCGCGAUCGCGCCGGCGUGAUGACCGGCGUGAUCAUCAAGCACGCCGCCGAGGCCAAGAAGAAGCCAGAACUCCUCUCCUGCGCGCACCUGCUCCUCGCAGCAGGCGCUUUCACACCAGACCUCGCCGCCCGCCUCUUCCCCUCCGGCGCCCCUCGCCCCGCCGCCCAAGCGCUCCAGAGCGCCCAAUGGGUGCGUUUCGACCACCUCCCCCUGCCCGCCACCACCACUACCGCCAAGCAAGGCGUGCUCCUCCCCCGAGGCGAGGCGAGUCCCAUCUCCCUCAUCUCGCACCCCGCCCGCCGCUCCGUCAUCCUCUCGGCGGCGUGGCCGCUCGCCUCAGCCCGGAGACUGGGCGCCUACGACGCCCUGGCGAACCCCGUCCACGACGCCGCGGCGCUGCGCAAGCUCGCUGGUGAAGCCCUUGUCGUGGAGGGGGUGGACUUCAGCCGCAUCGGCACGACCGAUGCGUGCUAUGUCAGCGCCAGGCCGGUCCUGGGUGAGGUGGGUGGGAUGGGCGUGGGCGCGAGGGUGUGGCUGGCGUAUGGGUUUGGGAUGGUGGGCACCACGGUGGCGCCCGGGGUGGGCAAGGUGUUGGCGGAGAGGGUGCUGGGAGAGGGGAAGGGUAAGGUUGAUUUGGGGGGUUUUGGGGGUGAGUGUGGGGUGGUGGGUGGUAAGGGCAAGGGCCGGGCGGUGUGA